AUGGUGGAAACUAGGGCACAGGCAAAGCUAAAAAACAAAACAGUCGAAAUGACUUCCGAGGCCCCUGAGUCCACCUCACCAAUCACUAUUACCGAGACCGAACACGCGGUCAGAAUCUCGGCUAGCGUUCCAAUAACGACGGAUCGUGCGGUUGAGUCCAUGGAAGAGCAAGCAGUAGUGGAGGGCUUGAUGGCUAAGCAGGCCUACAGGAUAGUGACAUCCUUUAUGGCCGCAAUGGAGAAACUCUCCUCAGAGCUAUGGACGCUCUUUCAGGAGAGGAUGCCGGUAACGUCGUCCGCGACGCCUCCCAGACAGAUAAGCCAAGAGCGUGAGAGGUUUGAGCCCUACGGCGAAAGCAGCAGCCUCGGCGCUUCUGGCCGCACCCAAGCGUCAGGCUACGGUCAGCAUUCUCAGCCAACAUGGGCAAAGCAGCCCCAUGCAUUCCGUGGUCCAACAACUCGGCCCAGUUCACACUGUGGUAGUCCAGACCCAUCCUGGCCCAAGCAACGCGACCGCUGCUUAGUCACAACAGUACAGUCAGAGCAAUCUGACCGUUUCACCAUUACAGGCGUCGCUAUUUCCGCUAGACUCUCACCUUCAGUACGGUUCGGUCAUUCCAACAACAACACAUACGCACCCCGGUCAAACCUACGACGUUUAUCUAAUGCCGCCCGGCUCGGUCGCAAUGGCCAAGCUCCUUGUUCAAGUGGCCCAACAGAUAGAGCCAUAGAACGAUGCGCAACAGGUCCAGCGGCCACUUCCAACCCAGCUGGAGUCGUCCCCUCAGGAUCCUCGGACCGAAGAUGUCCAGCGCACGACCAAGGACAGCUUAGCCCAGGGGCGGCCAGGGGUACCAAGUUAUACUGA